CUUGCUCCUAUAAUCCCUACUUCACUAGCUAGAGAACCAAUUAUUUCUCAGCUGCAGAGAAACACAUUAUGGAGAAUGAACUAAAAGUCAUUUUCCUUCCAUUCUUUUUGGCCCCAGGCCACCUGAUUCCCGUGGUAGACACUGCCAGGCUAUUUGCCAUGCAUGGUGUUAACGUUACUAUCAUUACCACCCCAGCCAAUGCCCUUCUCUUCCAAAAAGCCAUUGACCGCAAUGCUAAUUCUGGUCACCAAAUCAAAACCCAUGUCCUUCAAUUCCCUUCUGAUCAAGUUGGCCUCCCUCAAGGCAUAGAAAACUUCAACACUGUGACUUCCCUUGGCAUGACCUCUAAACUCUUUCACGGACUAUCACUGCUCCAACCACAAAUCGAGCAACUAUUUCAGGAUAUGCAACCGGACUGCAUUGUCUCUGACAUGUUCUAUCCCUGGACCGUGGAUUCUGCAGCUAAACUCGGUAUCCCAAGGCUUUUAUUAUAUGUUACAUGCUAUUUUUCAUUAUGUGCCCAGAAUUGUGUCCAACAGUAUAAACCUCAUGAGAGUGUAAAUUCUGAUACUGACUUAUUUUUACUUCCUGGUUUGCCAAACAAGAUUGAGAUGACAAGGUUGCAACUUCCAGAAUGGCUUAGAACCCCAAAUGGAUACACUCAAUUGAUGGAUAAAAUCAAAGAAUCAGAGCGGCGAAGCUAUGGAUCAAUAUUAGCGAAUAGCUUUUAUGAGCUCGAAGGUGCUUAUGAGGAGCUUCAUAAGAAUAGCAUGGGCAUAAGGACAUGGAGUGUAGGACCGGUUUCUUUGCGGGUGAACAAAGAUGUAGCAGACAAGGUAGAGAGAGGUAACAAGGCGGCUGUUGAAGAACAUGAAUUGCUGAAUUGGCUCAAUGCCAAAGAAUGCAACUCUGUUCUUUAUAUAUGUUUUGGGAGCUCGAGCAAGUUCCCAACAGCUCAGCUUAUUGAAAUGGCUCAUGGUCUUGAAGCUUCUGGUCACCAAUUCAUCUGGGUAGUUCGGCAGAAGGACGGGGAUCAAAGUGAAGGUUGGCUUGGGGACUUUGAGAAGAGAAUGAAAGAAAGCAAUAGGGGUUUGAUAAUAAGAGGUUGGGCACCACAAAUACUGAUUUUGGAACACCCAGCUAUUGGUGGACAAGUGACUCAUUGUGGCUCAAAUUCAUUGCUAGAAGGUGUGACUGCUGGCUUGCCAAUGAUCGCAUGGCCUCUGUACGCGGAGCAAUUUUACCUUGAGAAAUUGGUGACAGAGGUACUGAAAAUUGGAGUGGCUGUGGGUAAGAAAGAAUGGAGUAUAUGGGCUGAAGAGACCAAGGAGGUAGUGAAGAGGAACAACAUAGAGAAGGCAGUGAAGUUUUUGAUGGGAAGUGGAGAAGAAGCUGCAGAGAUGAGGAACCGAGCAAAGGAGCUUGGAAAUGCAGCUAGGAAGGCUGUAGAGAGUAGAGGAUCAUCUCAGUCCAACUUCAUGGGCUUGAUCAGUGGGCUAAAAUCAUUAAAAUGUGCAAGGAACUCAGAUGAAUGGGUUGGUAAUUAA